AGAAAUCUUUGUGAUCAGUUAAAUGCAUGCUGUCAAAAAGGAAAAUACGCAUCAGAACAAGAACAAGGAAUUUUUAAAACAGACUUUCUAAUCUUUUCUGUUUUUGUGGAUGAUUUUGUUUUGCAAAAGCUCUCAGAGGAUAUUUUAGAAAACUGGAUACUAUCUUCUAAUAAUACAACCAAUAAUAAUAACCUUCAACAAUCUUUAUUAAAUGAAAAUUUAUCUUCUACUGAAUCAUCUGAUGAAAGUAGUUCACCAUUAAUCAAUAAUAGAGAAUUUUGGUCUGCACCAUCUAUUAAUGAAAUCAUAGAUAAUAAUAAUAAUGAUAAUCAACAAUUUUUUAAUACAAUCAAAGAUAAUAAUGCUCAACAAUAUUCUGGUGAAAAUAUAAUCGAAGUUGAUAAUAAUAAUGAUACUCAACAAUCUUCUGAUGAGACUAUAAUCGAAGAUAAUAAUGAUACUCAUCAAUAUUUGGGUUCUCAAGCAGUAUCUGAAAUUGAACUUAAUAAUCCUAUUUCAAAAUCUAAAAAAAUAAUCACUCAAUUAACUCGCUCAACUCGUUCAACGACAAAAAAAGAUUCAACUAAAGAAGCUGUAGUG